AACCCACGGGAAGCCUCCCAUCAGAUCAGCGGCGAUCUGAGGUGAGCUGGUCAACUGGGAGCAACCUGUCUGCUUGCACUUGCUACUCUCGUACCUGAUUCUUUUGGGGCUCAGCCUUGAGGGGUCAGCAGUGUCUCUGAGCCACACAAGAAGAGGCUUUCUGUGGCCCUUUGGGAUUGUACAGCUUGCAGAGUGAGGUCUCCUACCUCUGGCCAUUCUCCAUCCUCCGGACACUGAGCCAUGGCCUCCAUGGGGCUGCAGAUGCUAGGCAUUGCCCUGGCCGUGCUGGGCUGGCUGGGCGCCAUCCUGAGCUGCGCGCUGCCCAUGUGGCGCGUGACGGCCUUCAUCGGCAGCAACAUUGUCACAGCGCAGACCAGCUGGGAGGGACUGUGGAUGAACUGCGUGGUGCAGAGCACCGGGCAGAUGCAGUGCAAGGUGUACGACUCGCUGCUGGCGCUGCCGCAGGACCUGCAGGCAGCCCGGGCGCUCAUCGUCAUCAGCAUCAUUGUGGCCGCCCUGGCUCUGCUGCUGUCGAUCGUGGGGGGCAAAUGUACCAACUGCGUGGAAGACGAGACCACCAAAGCCAAGAUCAUGAUCGUGUCAGGAGUGGUGUUCCUGCUGGCCUGCCUCCUGGUCAUUGUGCCCAUUUCCUGGACGGCGCACAACAUCAUCCGAGACUUCUACAACCCUCUGGUGGCAUCAGGGCAGAAGCGGGAGAUGGGAGCAUCUCUGUACAUCGGCUGGGCAGCGUCAGGGCUACUGUUGCUUGGAGGGGCCCUGCUGUGCUGCAGCUGCCCGCCCCGGCAGGACAAGCCCUACUCAGCCAAGUACUCAGCCGCCCGUUCCGCCCCAGCCAGCAACUAUGUGUGAGGCACCGCCACCCCGCUGUCCCCUCUGUCACUUGGCAUUUGCUUGGACUGAUGAGCUCAGCAGUCACCUCAAGAUGGCCCUGGCCUGGGCCCCUGGCUGUGGAAAGCUGUGACUGAGGCCCAGGGACAUCUCCUAAGGCCACCUUGAGCUCUCAACCUCAGAUGGACACUCUGCCCAGAUGGUAAUUCCAGCUUUUCUUUUUCUUUUCUUUUUUUGCUGGAGGGACCUGGGCACACCUAGCCGGCCUCAGGGUGCUGGGUGUGGAUCUGGGCUCCGGAUGGUGACGGUGACCUAGGCCUCACCCACCCACCUGCCCUAGGAAUGGAGCCUGAGUGGAUGGACAGGUUUGAGAGUAAAAACUGGUCUGGGAAGUGCUGGCUAGGGCAAGGCGAGGAAAGCUGCCCUGCCUUGCUGCCCUGUGGCUCAGCCCCUCGGCAGGACCCCCAUGCCUGGAGAUUGCCCCCCCACCCCACAAUCCUCUUUGUCUUAAGGACACUGGCCAGCAGGUGGAAGGUGGGGGGUGCUUUGUGCUCCCAGGAAAUCUGAGACUCACACUGCCCUCUGACUUCUCGUUCAUUUGUUUGUAAUUUAAGAUCUGUUCAUCACUUUAAUUAUUAUUUUCUACAAUAAAUGGGAAAUAUGCACGGAA